UCGGGAUGUCACCGUCAUCUGCACAUACUGCUAUAUAUUGCCUGUCUUUCUCAACUUGCCGCAUCACCCUCUAUAUAUUUACAGAUGAACGCAUUGCUCUUAUCGUAUCAGACAUUCAAAUAUGUCUAUGGAAUCUACUGUGGUCUAAGGUCUCCAACACGACGUGGCACAUGCUCUCGUUGCAAACAAAAAUGCGCUAUCUAUCGACUACGCUGCCUUCGUCUCGUCCCUUGUAUGUUGAUGACCGAUGGUAAUAUUCGCUGAUAUCAUGGCUUUUUUAGCCAAAGCUAUAUGAUGAAUUCCGUGACUAGUACGGUAUUGUUUGUUUCUAAUUUCUUAGGGAUUACCUCCGAUUCGGAUCAAUGACAACCGCCACUGAGAAGAGAAGUCCUAGGACACGCCUUUAGACGCUUUUAUGGAUCCACAUGUUAUACACGAUAGCGAUUUUGCCAGUCUCGUGUGUUCGAUUGCAAGGUUGACAACCCCUGCAAGCGCGCGCUCUUUAUCUACGCCAGACUUGUUGUCUACAACGCUUGCGGCAUUUCGGGUCUUCCCUAAAUCUCAUCCAAGAGCCCCCAUCUCUCAUUCUCUUCGCUGUGCUUGUUGAAUCCAAUUUUUAAUCCAGCAUGUCACCACCGCACCUCCCCUCAACGCCUUCCUCGAAUUCGAACCGAUCCAACGACUCAUUUGGUCCUUUACGCGAUAUACCGUUCGAGAAACUACAAGCAGUCGUGGCUGCUGCAACCGUUUCUUCAAGACUUGUCAUACACGCAGCCCCGAAAGAAGGAUCGUACAACCUUGCGCAUUUCCUGGCUGACGCGGAUUCUAGGACCGUCUAUGUAGUUCGUGUGGCGCUUCCAGAAUGCGUGGAUGCUCUCACAUACGAGGCCGAUGUUGCCAUCAUGAAGCUCAUAUCUUCCACAACUACGAUUCCUAUGCCCGUCAUAUUUGGGCACUCCUCCAGCAUUGAUAACCCACUCGGCUACCCUUAUAUGAUCACUUCUUUCAUUGCCGGGGUUCGCUUAUGCGAUCUGUGGUACGACAGGCAGGCUCUUCCUAUGGAGCAACGAUUGCUCAUUCUAGAGCAAAUUGCACGUGCGCUGGUUCAGUUAGAAGUAUUUGAAUACGACAAGAUUGGCUCACUCACAGUGGAUCCCAAUGGACUUCUGCGAGUGGGACCUCUGCGUCCCGAUCCGGAAGAUGGCGUAGACAUGAUGGGACCUUUUGAAAACGUCCAGGAUUAUACAAAUGCUAGGCUCGCCACCGUCUUUCCUAAUUUCGUAUGGAAUUUCGCUAUGCGUCUCCUAGCCCCGGCUCUUCAGCAGAGAUCCCUUAAUGUUGCACCAUUCGUCCUGUGCCAUCCCGAUCUUGAACUUCAGAACGUGAUAGUCGAUCCGGUCACCUUUGAGCUUCGAGGAUUCCUCGACUGGGAUGGCGUGUCGCGCACAGUCCCUCGAAGCAUAGGAUAUGGCUCCUAUCCACAUUGGAUAUGUCGUGAUUGGAUUACUUUGCUGUAUGGAACAGAUGCGAUUGAUCCAGACAAUGCAAACAAAUCGCUUCCAGAUGAGACGGUCAACGGAAGGGAACCUGUGGAAAUUCUUUCGUCAUACAGAGACCAUUAUCUUGCUGUCGUUCGAGAUAUCCGCCCAGAGUUAGCAGAAUCAGUGACUCAUCGCUCUCACAUUUCGAUGACAUUGGAAUUGGGACUUGGAAGUGAGAUUUUUGUGGCAGGAUGCGCUCAGAAGCUCUUUAGCUAUGCUUUCAAGAAUACCGUCUACGACCCGCUUGCAUCCUUUGAAGCCCUUCGCUGGAGUGAUUGGUACAAGGACGAGGGUGGGGAGGUGAAGGCGCUACGUCGUCAUGAGGUAGCGCGCCGUUGAAGCUACACUUGAACAUGACGAUGAAAGGCCAGUGGAAGUCUGAAGUCACGUCCUCUUAGAGUUGCACCUCAUGUCGUACACAUAGUUUGAACUUGAGAUAUUUCACGAGACAGACACACCACCUCAAGGUACUAACAUCGCAUCAUGACGUAUAGCUUAACGACCGAAGUCAGGUUCGGACAUCACUUAAGGUCCUAUCGUGCGCAUCAUGAAUCCUGAACGGUGACGAAGGUCAGGGCGUGAUCCGACAAGGCUGCAGGGUCUUGCAGGGUCCAUAUCGCAUGACUAAUGACUAACCGCCAUCAAGUAGGCGUCCUCUUCAAGAGAAUAUUCAGCUUCCAAGAUGCGUUUGACCCUGGACAUGACGGAAUAUAGAUGGAAUACUGAUGAGAGUAAUUAGAUAUCAGAAACGCUCUCUCGACCCUGAGUCUCCAGAGCCCAGGUGCUAACCUACACAUAACAGUUGCUGCGCAUCGAGGGUCAGGCCUCAGCAGCAACACGGGCCAAAUUCUCCGCUGUGCAGUUCUUACCGUCGACCCAUGUCUUACUUACCGUAAGAACCAUCGGCCAUUGAAUAAAGCGUGUCCUGGGGUACAAACCCGUCAUCUCGUAUCAA